GUGAUAAAACGUCACAAACAUUCAAAAUUCUCAAAAAAAUCAUCGGAAAUUGGCAAGAAAAAUGAGUUCUCCGAAGGAAAAUGGCUCAAAACGCAAAACAAAAGGCGAAAAUUCGUCCCAAGAAACGUCCCGAGGUCAAGAGGAAAAUGAAGAACGUCGAUUAUCCUCACGAGUGAAGAAACCGAAGUUAGUUUACGAUCCAUCGGACAAACAUGCUCCUUAUCGCAAAAUAAAUCUCGAGGAUAUCACAAAAUCCCCUUCGAAACAUCGUCCUGGCGAUACGGAAAAUGCCGCUUCCACUCGAAAAAGCUCCCAAAAGGCAUUUUGUGCAUUUUGCAGCGAACGAGCCGACAUGGAACCCUCCACGACGUGCAUUUCCUGCAACGACACGUACCACAAUUUGUGUCACGACCCCAAAAUCGGGAAAGGCGUUCGUCGUGCCAACUGGCAUUGUUACAAAUGUCGCCAACGCGAACUCGAAAUCAAGCUCGAACGCAAAUCCGCAACUAGUUCAAGAGCUCCUUCACGUUCCGCCUCGUCUACGAACGAAAAAGACCUCCAAUCGGAAGAAGAUAACGACUUUACGGGCUUCAAUGACACCGACCUCGAUGAUCAACCGAAAAAAGCAAAGACUCAGGUGAAGGAAGAAGGCCCCAAAAUCACGGAAAAUCUCCAAAUUAACGUUGAAAAAGCGAAAAAAUUGUUUAAAACGCCACAAAAUAAUGCGCCAAACAGCGACACAAUUCCAGAUGUGAGUGCCUGGACUUACAACCAGAUUCACGAUUACUUUGCGAAAGUAUUUCCCAAGGAGGCGUUCAUUUUUAAGGAUCAAGAAAUCGAUGGGACGUCUUUGUUGCUGAUGACACGAUCGGAUAUGUUCAAGUUUAACUUGAAAUUGGGACCUGCACUUAAUAUUUAUCGACAUAUCGUGAUGUUACAGACGCGCAGUUAUGAUCCCCGUAAAACUUGGAUGUAAAAAAAUAUUUUUGAAAAUAUUUUUAAAAUUAUUUUUUUCCUUUUUUUCUUUUAAAAUAAUAAAAUUAAUGAAUAUUUAA